UUAAUUACUUCAAUUCGUUAUAUAUGCACAUAAUAAUUUUGGACUUGUGUUUGUUGACAGGUCAAUGUUGUAAGAGGUUUGAAGCUGUAUGAGAACAUACUUACCCAUACAGAGUUAACUCGGUUAAAUGAGUAUGUGAAUAAACUCCGAGUUGCUGGAAAAAAAUGGACAACUCUCGGGUGAGGGGAUCCUGUGCUUCAUUGAUGCUUUUAUAGCUAAACUAGCUAGUUCAUUCCUUUUUCCAACCCAAGUUCUAAUAUUAUUUAACCUCUGCAAAAAUAACCAAUGAAAAGUUGACAACACAAUAUGUGAAGACACACUUACGGACAUGACACUAUACGCUCCUCAGAAACCUAACCCUCGCUUUCAAUAUUAUAUAUAGUCCCCUUUUUUUCAUUUCUGUCUUCAAUCACUCUAUAAUAAGCACAUGCAUACUCUCUCUCUCUCUCUCGCUAAAACUCCGAAUUAUCAGCUAAUGGGAAAUCCCGAUAACUGACUGAACAUCUUAAGCCAUUGUUUCGAGUGGCCCGAAUGGGAAACAGGUUUUCGAUUAGCUAAUAUUUUUUUUAGUUAGAAGAGACUAGCAUGGCGUCAGCAGCCAGCGUUUCUACAGCUUCCGAUCUAGCCCCGACGACACAUCCAAUAGAGACGUUCACCAAGGACGUGAUUAUCUCCUGGUUCCGAGGCGAGUUCGCAGCGGCGAAUGCAAUUAUUGACGCGUUGUGUGGCCAUCUGUCUCGGUUAGAAGGCGGAAGGUGCGAGUACGAGUCAGUAUUCGCUGCUAUACACCGCCGCCGGAUUAAUUGGAUCCCUAUUCUUCAAAUGCAAAAGUAUUUUUCCAUCGCUGACGUAACUCUCGAGCUCCAGAAAGUGACCGAAACGAAAUCGAAAGGGGUUCAAAAGAUUGAAGAAGAAGUCGAUGUUUCUUUGCCACUGAAAGUGCAGCAUCAUGAAAUUCCAAAAGAGGAUCCCAACGAUAGAAAUAGAAAUCGAGGUGUUGAGGCUGUUGACGAUGAUUUUACCAGACUUAAUUCACCUACAAACGAGAUAAAGAUAACCGAUCCAGGAUCUGAAGAUGCGCGGGAGGCAUUGGUAGAAGAAGAAAACAUAAAGAUAUGCUCAAACCAAGAAGAUUGGGAGGUCUGGAGAGCUCAGAUCAAGAUGACAAAAGGGUUCGUAGCCAAGGAGUCUGUAAAAGGACAUAUGGUCAAUGUUGUAAGAGGUUUGAAGCUGUAUGAGAACAUACUUACCCAUACAGAGUUAACUCGGUUAAAUGAGUAUGUGAAUAAACUCCGAGUUGCCGGAAAUAAUGGACAACUCUCGGGUGAGACGUUCAUCAUUUACAACCAGCAGUCGCAGGCCAUCAAGAGAGAGCUUAUUCAAUUUGGAGCUCCCAUAUUUGGACAGAUAAAUGCCGAAGUUACAAGUAAAUCCCAAGAUACUCAUAUCGAGCCAAUUCCAGAUCCUCUUGAAGGUGUGAUUGAUCACCUGAUUAAGUACCAUCUGAUUCCCGAAAACAGACGACCAAACAGCUGCAUCAUAAACUUUUUUGACGAGGGAGAGUUUUCGCAGCCGUUCUUGAAGCCACCUCAUCUUGAUAAACCGAUCUCUACCCUUGUUCUAUCCGAAUCAACAAUGGUUUUUGGGAGAACUCUUGUUUGUGAUAAGGAUGGAAACUAUAAAGGACCACUUAUGCUUUCUCUCAACCAAGGGUCCCUCUUACUGAUGAGGGGAAACAGUGCUGACAUGGCGCGACAUGUCAUGUGUCAAUCUCCAACUAAAAGAAUCAGCCUCACAUUUUUCAAAGUUCAGACAGAAGACUCGUACUACGAAAAGAACGUCAGAUCAGCAACAAGUUCCAUCACCAUGUGGCAACCUAAUGGCAACGUUAACUCCAAGUCCAAAUGGGAUGUCCUUGGUGCACCACAACUAGUCAUGUUAGCCCCAGUUAAUCCAAUGGUUCUAAGCCUAAGAAGGUGGCCUCAUGGUGGUGGAAGUGGCACCGGGGUUUUCUUACCAUGGAGUAUCGGAUCACAAAAACCAACAAAUCAUCUACCUCCUCGUGUCCAAAGAGGCCGUGUAACUAGUGUUCUCACACUGCCAGCCUCAUCUCAACCACACACACCAGAUUCCACCUCCACUUCCAGUAUUUAGCCUAUGCAGUCAGUCAGGUCAGCUUCACUUGGUCUACAACAAGGCCGUGGUGAUUAGACUUUCCUUUCCAUGUCACCCGAGUGUUGUACUAGUAAAGUGUAAUUUAAAAAUUGUGAAUUAUCAUUAGUCUUUAAAAGUCAA